UUGAAUGAGUAGUAAUGGGAAGAACCCUUUGUUGUCCCCCUCCCCCCUUACCUCAAGGUCCCUACUUUUUUUCUCUUUUUAAUUUUCCCAGCAUAUAAAUAAUAAAUCUUUUCCCAACCCCAUUUGAGAUUUGUGAAUGAAAGAUGGAGAGUCAUGAUAAUAAUGAGUUGAUUAUGAACAACUCUGUUUACUGUGAAGGGAAAGGGGAAAAUGGGAUUAUAGAUUUGGGGUUGAGCUUAAGAACAUUGGAGCAGCCAGAAAUGGGAAUUAUGAAUUGGGGAGGACAAGAUCAAGAUUACUAUUGUUGUACUGAUCAGGAAGAAGAUCACACUGAUCAGGUUGUGCAGAGCAAAGAACAACACCAAAAAUGGGCUUAUGUUAAAGUCAAUAUGGAUGGUGUCAUUGUUGGUAGGAAAGUUUGUAUCUUUCAAAAUGCUUCCUAUUCCACUCUUGCCCUUCAACUUGAGGAUAUGUUUGGUCGACAAUGUGAAUCUGGACUGAGGUUGUUUGAAAAUGAUUCCGAAUUCUCGCUAUUCUACAAAGAUGGAGACGAAAAUUGGAGGAGCGUUGGUGAUGUUCCAUGGAAGCAAUUCGUGGAAGGUGUGAAGAGGCUAAGAAUUGCUAGGAAAGAUGAAGCCUUUGUUGUCAUUCAUCAAAAUUAACUUUACAUGAAUCCCUCGAAAUGCAACUUCUAAAUGGGAAUUUUAUUUUGUAUUAAGUUGGAGGCAUCUCACAAUUUCUCUAAUUUGAAGACCUUUAUAACAAUAUCGGUUCUUGUUAUAUUUUUAAUUUGCAUCUCGAUAUUUUUAGAGAUGGAGAAUCGAACUUUCUACGAGCGAAUGCUAAUUAUCGAGCUAAGCUUACUUUGCAUC